UUAGACAUCUAGAGCUGCGAGAAUUACAGAGGCAUCAAACUACUUAGCCACACCAUGAAGGUUUGGGAGCGAGUCAUUGAGUAUAGGAUGCGGAAACGGGUAUGCAUCUCUGAGAACUUGUUUGGUUUCAUGCCUGGUAGAUCGACUACAGAGGCCAUUCACCUCGUGAGGAGGUUAAUGGAAGAGUAUAGGGCUAGGAAGAAGGACCUCCAUAUGGUGUUUAUUGAUCUUGAGAAGGCGUACGAUAGGGUGCCAAGGGAGGUCAUAUGGAGGUGCCUUGAGACGAGAGGAGUUCCCAUCGCGUACACUCGCACGAUCAAGGAUAUGUACGAUGGGGCUAGGACUAGGGUAAGGACCUCUAGGGGCGACUCUGAGUCAUUCUCGGUAGGGAUGGGGUUGCACCAGGGGUCGGCCCUUAGCCCUUUUUUGUUCGCCUUGGUGAUGGACGUCCUAACUAAAGGUGUUCAAAGAGGGGUCCCAUGGUGCAUGCUUUUCGCGGAUGAUAUUGUGCUUAUCGACGACACACGCGAGGGACUAAACCAUAAGUUGGAACGAUGGCGCCUUGCCCUUGAGACUAAAGGAUUCAGAAUAAGUAGGAACAAGACUGAAUACAUGGAAUGUCGUUUCAGCGGCCGGGAAACAGAAUCAGAAGUGGAAGUUAGGAUUGACUCUCACGUAGUACCUAAGGGACUAAACCAUAAGUUGGAACGAUGGCGCCUUGCCCUUGAGACUAAAGGAUUCAGAAUAAGUAGGAACAAGACUGAAUACAUGGAAUGUCGUUUCAGCGGCCGGGAAACAGAAUCAGAAGUGGAAGUUAGGAUUGACUCUCACGUAGUACCUAAGGUAGACAAGUUCCGAUAUCUUGGCUCGAUUUCUCCCAGGAUGAAAGGUAAGUUCUACCGAUCUGUAGUCAGACCUGCUAUGUUAUACGGGGCAGAGUGUUGGGCGGUUAAGAAGACUCAUGUGCGUCGUUUGCAUGCGGCGGAGAUGCGGAUGUUAAGAUGGAUGUGUGGGAAGACAAGGUUGGAUAGGAUUUCAAACGAAGUUAUCCGACGUCAGGUAGGCAUGGCGCCGGUGGAGGAUAAGUUGCGGGAGGCGAGGUUGAGAUGGUUUAGGCAUGUGAGACGGCGGGAUGUUGAUGCCCUUGUGCGGAGGUUGAGCCAGGGGUCUCUUGGAAACAGCCUCCCUACUUUCGAAUAGGGGCAAGUUUAAUUUGUCCUGUUUUGUGGAAUCGAAGUAACGUGCAACUCAUUUCCUACCAAAACAAUUUCCUCAAAAACACACCUUACAAAUCAAAUAAUACAUACCAAAAGUACAAGAUAUUAUGCUAGAUUUUUACAAGAAAAAAAAAUGUUCACUUUCAAGAGUGCCCUAUAACUUUAAAUUAAUGUGUGGUUAGGUUGGAAGAAACCAUGAUCAAGGGACUAUUAGG